AUGGCAAUGUUAGAUGCAACGGUUAUGAAGUUGUUGCGUGGCGAAGCUUUGGACGAAAAUGAUGAAUUAUGCGACUUCACGCUGGCCGAUCAAAACGAAGCUUGCGUGGCUAAGGGUGUAACACCCAUUGGGCCUUCUGACUAUAUACCAGUCACAAAAAGUACAGUUACAUAUAUUGUGCUAGUAGUACUAGUCAACAGCGAGGAUGAAGUACUUAUGAUGCAAGAAGCAAAAAGUACUUGUGCUGGUCAAUGGUACCUACCAGCAGGUCGCGUUGAACCUGGGGAAAAUUUAAAUGAUGCCGUAAAAAGAGAAUGCUUAGAAGAAACAGGGUUGGAAAUGGAACUUGAAACAUUGUUGAUUGUUGAAGCUGCAUCUAAAGCAUGGUUUCGAUUUGUUUUCACUGGAAAUGUUACUGGCGGUUGUUUGAAAACACCAGCUCAAGCUGAUAGUGAAUCUCUACAAGCCAAAUGGAUUAAAAAUAUUUCUGAAGUUACUCUCCGUUCCAAUGAUAUAAUACCAUUGAUUGAUUGUGGUCGAGCUUUUCAUAAAGUAGCUAAGCAUAAGGUUCGAAGUGAUUGGCACCAUAAUCUUUUACCUGUUAUUAAACCUCAUAAAAAACUUUUGUUACGUCUUCUUAUCUGUGCUAGACAAAAAACUAGUGGUAAAUUAUAUGUACUUAUGUCAGAAAAAACUCAAGCCCAUUUCCCGAUGUGUGAAAUCAACCACAAUCGGAACUUGCAUUCAACAUUACGCAAGUUUAUGACUGAAAUAUUUGGUGCUGACGUAGCUCUGCAUAAACCGCACGGAGUAUUGAGCAUUGAACAUUGUGGCCAACCGGAAGGUUCUAAUGAUGGGUUAUGUUUAUCAUUAUUGGUCACUUUUCAAAAGACAUUGGAAGAAGUAUUUCCUAUUGGCAAGUAUAGUUGGAUGGCUGUAUCCACAGAAUGUUCAAAAUUAAUUGCAGUAAGAACUAUACGCAACAUGACUGUUCCUCUUAAAGUUAUAUGUUAA